UAAAAUUGACAUAUCAAUCCAGAGGUGAUGGCGGAGUACUCGCUACUGUUGCAAAAUGGAUGAGAUCCAGGCCAUAGGCGUGGUGGGCGGCGGCCAAAUGGGCUCGGGAAUCGCUCAGCUCGGCGCCAUGCACGGCUUGCCCGUGUGGCUCGUCGACACGGAUCCAGAAGCCCUGGUUCGAGCCACCAAAUCUAUCUCCAGUUCCAUCCAAAGAUUUGUUUCCAAAGGCCAGCUUUCUCAGAAGGCGGGGAGUGAUGCUCUGAGACUUCUAAGGUGUACUUCAAAUUUGGAAGACCUUAGUUCAGUGGAUAUUGUAAUUGAAGCUAUUGUGGAAUCUGAAGAUGUGAAGAAGCGGCUGUUUUCUCAGCUAGAUAAGAUGACUAAACCUUCUGCUAUUUUGGCAUCAAACACAAGUUCCAUUUCUAUUACUCGGCUUGCCUCUUCAACCAGCAGACCGCGCCAGGUGAUUGGUAUGCAUUUUAUGAAUCCUCCACCUAUAAUGAGAUUGGUUGAGAUUGUGCGGGGAGCAGAUACAUCAGAUGAGACAUUUAGUGCAACGAAAGCCUUGGCAGAGAGGUUUGGCAAGGCAGUGGUAUGCUCCCAGGAUUAUGCUGGCUUCAUUGUUAAUCGGAUUUUAAUGCCAAUGAUUAAUGAAGCCUUUUUUACGCUUUAUACUGGAGUCUCAACAAAGGAGGACAUUGAUGCAGGGAUGAAGCUGGGAACAAACCAUCCAAUGGGUCCUUUAGAACUUGCAGAUUUCAUUGGACUGGAUGUCUGCUUGUCAAUAAUGAAAGUCCUCCAUGCAGGUCUAGGAGAUAGUAAAUAUGCCUGUCCUCUUCUUGUUCAGUAUGUUGAUGCAGGACGGCUAGGAAGAAAGCGAGGAAUUGGAGUUUAUGACUACCGUAAAGCACCUGAAGUGGUAAAGCCAAAACCUUCUCUGUGAGUUGCAUUAUAAAAACAAUAAGGUUUAAAGCAGGGUACCUUUGUGAAUAUAAUGCCUGGCUUAUCUCUUUAGUCAAGAUGAAUGUUUGCAGGUUGCUGCCCACUAUAAUCCUUGCUAGAAAUAUUUUCUUUUGUACCUUUUGUGAAUAAUAGAUCAUGGAAUAAUAGUUAAGAUGGUGAGACUCUUUAAAAGGUUAAAAAGUUUGUUUACUUUAAAAAGGGAAGUGGCACAAUGCAAACAUCCUAUUCAUAAAUUUUGGAGGACUUUUAUGCA